AUGGAGGAUCAUAAAACAACAGAACUAUUUAAAAAGAAGAAUAAUACGGGAGGGAGGAAUAGGGAAAGAUGUAGUUUAUGUAAAACAGGAUACCAAAAAUUUAUAAAUACAUUUAUAACAUGGGAAGUAGUUUUGUUAUUAACUCACGUUUUAAUCUUUUUGAUAAUAAUAUAUAAAUAUACCAAGGAUAGUAAAUUAGAUUCAAAAAAAAAAAAUCUGUUUAGGUCCUAUGAAAGUACAGGCCAUUUCAUACAGGGUUUUACGUUUGUCCUUCUGUUAGUUCCAUUUCAAUUUACAAAAAUAAUAACCAUAUGGUUAAUUAAUUGUUCUAUUCAGAAAGAUAUGCAUGAACAGGAAAUACAAAGAUAUUAUGACGAUAUUGAAGGUAAUAAAAGGGAUAAGAAUAUAGAAGAACGAGAUAAAGAUAUGUACAUUACUUCUCAUGAACUUGGGAAGCAAUCGAUAGGAAAUGGUGGACGUAGUUGCAUUGAUGUGAAUAAUAUGGAGGACUCCUGCAUAGAAAAUUCUUCAAAUACAAAUAAUUCGGAAACAGAAAAAAAAGUAAAAUGCACAAAUUGUAACGAAAUUGGUGGUAAUAAUAACAAUAAUCAUAACAAUUACAGUAAUAAUAAAAAUAAUCCUCGGACACACCAAAUUGUGAAUACGAUAAAAGGCCAAACGGUACAAAAUUCGGCAAGUGAGUUAUUCGUGAGAAGAAUCGUUUUUCCUGUUAAUACACCAAAAUAUAAAAAAAAAGAAAUUCAGUACUUUUUUUUAUGCGCAAAACUAUAUUCAUUAAAAAGAUGCAAUUUUCUAUUUGUAAUAAAAUAUGUGUGUUCUUUCAUACUAAUGUUUGCAUAUCCUUUAUAUAAUUUAAUAAAGAGAAAGCUGAUUUAUAAGUAUUUUUAUUAUUCUUCUUAUUUUAUGAAUGCUUUUGAUUUUGCGUCAGGUAUGUUAACUGGAGCCUUUCUUGUUUUAAUAUAUGGGCUUAUCUUAUUUUUAGUUAGCUUUUAUAAAAAUAGAAAAAAUGAAAAAUUUUACUUCUAUGAUAAUUAUGCCUUUAUAAAUGAUGUAAAUUGCUUAUGUGAUGAACACAUAAGAAUCAAUAUAAAAAAUAAUCCCUAUUUAAAAAAUAUGGUAAUAAAUUACUUUAAUAUAUAUUAUAAUUAUAAAAUCCUUCUUUUUAUGGGUAUACUAAUGCUGACGACUAUAUGCGUUUUUUCAUUUAUUUUUUCAUUUACUUCUCUUGCCGCUUACGAACUACACAGCAGAUGA